UCCCAUGAGCCUCUUCGCCUGUCAGUUUUCGGCACAGAAGUGACACCUGCGCUGAGGCGGCAGUUAAAGCACGAAUCGGCGUGGCCAGCGGCUGUGGGGCCCGGGCUGGAGGCGGGACUUCCGCUCCCUCGGGUUACGUCAUCAGGAGGCGGAAGUGCGGCGGGGGCGGGAAGGUUGUAGAGCUGCAAGUUGCGCUAGGUUUGCCGGUCUGGAAGUGGUCGCGCCCCCUUGGAGUGCGCGAUCCCACGGUGAGGCCGUCCCUGGCGCACUCGCGUCCCCGGUGAUUGUAAAGUGCUGACCACUUGCCACUGAACAUAGUUGAAACAGAAAAUAGGAAGAUGGCAGCAAACCCUUCAGGACAAGGUUUUCAAAACAAAAAUAGAGUUGCAAUCUUGGCAGAAUUGGACAAAGAGAAAAGAAAAUUACUAAUGCAGAACCAGUCUUCAACAAAUCAUCCUGGAGCUAGCAUCGCCCUUUCGAGACCCGCUCUUACCAAGGACUUCCGGGACCACGCUGAGCAGCAGCAUAUUGCCGCCCAGCAGAAGGCAGCGUUGCAGCAUGCACAUGCCCAUUCGUCUGGAUACUUCAUAACUCAAGACUCCGCAUUUGGGAAUCUUAUUCUUCCUGUUUUACCGCGCCUGGACCCAGAAUGAAGAAAUUAUUUGUAAUGACAUUGACUUUGUAAUAUCAAACGCCAAAGCUACUAUCGUUCAGUGCUAUACAAGCUGUGACUUUCAGAAUCGGUGAACUUAAUACUUUUUACUUCCUUAAAAGAAAGGUAUGUGUAAGUGAAAGCAAAAAAAAAAAAAAAAAAAAAGGUAACCAGGAUGAUGAGAGCUCUGGAAGCUGUAUUAUCUAAGGACUGAUUAUGCUACUGUGACUGUAACUUAUUUGUAAUGCAGUUUGAUUUUAAGGCUAAAUCAGACUCUGAAUUAGAUGGUCACAUAAACUCACCUCCCAUCCCUAAGCCCCCAAAUAGUUGGACUGAGUACAUCAUGUCCACAAGAGACUUAUAAAAGCCAUUUAUAGUACUUUAAAGAAAUGAGGGUGCUUUUUAAAAUGUGAACCAAAAGGUUUAAAUAAGUUACAUUCAUAUUUGCUGUGCAUAGAAUUGGUAUCAGUGUACCUUUUGAGUUUAUAGUCAACAUGUCAUCCUGAAAUAUUCUUUAACUCAUAACUGUUCCUUAUUUUCAGUUUUAAAAGAAAAACCAAGACUAAGUUUCUAAAUGAAACAUCAUUUAUAAACCUAUGCCACUAUAAAUUAGGUGACAAAAUACUAUUAAAAAUAAAUAUAUGAAAUGUGGUGGUUUUAAAUUUUAUACAUGCUCUUAGUGUUACUACAAUGGUGGACCUGCAUGGUUUUAUUGUCUGUUUUUGUUCUAAUUCGAAACAUAUGCAAGCUGGGCCCCUUUUUAAUUCCUUUAAGAAGUUGGGUUAAGCAGCUUGUCAGUAUGACACAUCUUUAACAGAAUCUGGAGUGCUUGUUUAAAUAUGCAGUCCCUACAGCCUUACCCUAGUCCUAUGGAAUCAGAAAUCUCUUAAUACAAAAUAAAGUCUGAAAACCAUGGGUUGGAGAAUUCAGUUUUCAUGAUACAUGUUUAUAAAUUCAUAGAUCUGUAGGUCUCUGAAACUUAGAGAUCAUUUAGCUAAAAUCUACAUUUUUUUUUUACUUCUAAUACUAUUGAAUUUAUUUUAUACUAUAUCACAGGUACAGUAUUUUAUAUACUGCUUAUAACUGACCUCAUCUUGGCCUUGAGUCCCCAUCCUCUCUAGUGGUAGGACAAAAUUUAAACUUAAAUUUCCAGUUUGGGUCAGUAUUUAAUCAAAGUUCAUCUCCCUUUUCAAUAAGUUCCUUCUCCUUCCCUAGACAUUUGCACCAACCACAUAGCCCCAUCUUGCCCAAACUAAUUAAAGCAGAAGUGGACAAAAGAAUUGGCUGUGCCAUUUAGAUGCUUUCUCUUGAAAAUUUGAAUUGAUUUUCUUCAUUUGGGUGAGUUGGCAGCUGUCCCCCUUGUAAUGGUCACCAUUGCGGCAAAGGUGCCCUGACUCCUGCUGCUGAGCUAGCUCCCUGGGGGCUCGGGCUCCUGUCCUGCCUCAGGUCUCACCAGCUUCCUUUAAUGGUCCUCACUUUUUUGAAUGUGACUAAGUUUCCGUUCUUUGUGAUACACGACCUACAUCCAUGGUUCUAAAUCUAUCUACUUGAUACUAGGGAGAUAGAAAAUUUGGAUUGUAGUUUUUAUACUAUCAAAGCCUCUACCUAAGGUGUGACUUUUAUAACUUAGGUCAAAGAGAUCUUUCUUCCAGUGAUAUCUUUUCUAGUGUCCUACCCUUUUAAAUAGAUGUUGCCUAAAUCAUGCACUCCUGGCUAGUAAACACUUUCUCCCCUGCUCCUUUAAAUCAUUUUCAAAUUCAACUCAAUUCCAUAGGUAUUACUUAAAAUCUACUCUGUAAAACCCUGUGCUUCGUGGAGGGAGGUGGGUAUGAUGAGUGAUACCUGCUCUUAAAGAGUUCCCAGUGGCAGAGCCUACUCGGGCGCAGCAGUAAUGCUAACGGAAGUCGGAAUGCAGUGAGUCGAGGGGGGGAGCAUCCUGGAGCCUGCAGCAGUCUAAAUAGGCCUAGAAGUACUGGCGUGAUUUUACCUGGCAAGGAAGGGAGAGCUGCUCCAGGUCAAGAUUGCAUAAUCAGAGAAGCAGGAACUAAGGCACUUGCGAGGACGACAGAGGACGUGGGAAAGGGCAGCAGUGGACUCCGUCAGAAGCCCUGAGAUAAAGUUUCAUUAUUGCUUCCCUUGGAUUAUGGGUGAAUUUGCCUAAUUCGCUUUAUCUCUCUUUACAUGUCACUCCAUCUGCAAUAUAGGAAGAGAACACACUUUGUCUACUUCAUUAGAGUGACAAAAUGUAGUAAUAGGAGGUUUUGUUCCUUGAAUCUUGUUUCUGUGUGUUUGUGUAUGUGUCUUAUGGUGUUUAUUGUAUAUUCCAUCAGUAGAUAAGAUCUCUGAAGGCAAGAAUUUUUGUUUCCCUCCCUCUUUGUUUACUACUGUAUUCUGCUUAGAAUAGCAUUUGGUAUACAGUAGGUGGUCAGUACCUGCUUGUUGAAGGAAGGGAGAAAGGAAGGACUAUAUAUGACCUGGGUGGUGAUGUAAAGGGUAUUGUUGUUUUUUACUGUGUGUCAAGGUAAUAAAGUUUUGAAAGCCACUGCUACAUAAUACAGAUGAUAGUGCUUUGUAUGAUUCUGGAAUAAAAACUGAAAUGACACAGUUUCAAAGGCACAUAUUUUUUCCUGGACAAUCUAUAAGCUGUCUUAAGUUGUCUCAGUUCUUUGCUUCACUUUAGCAACAGAAUCUCUUAGUCAUCUACUCAGCAUUUAUUCUUCUUUUGCCCCUACACCCUUCCCCAGUACAGCCAGCAUGCUUCAGGGGAAGCUGACCGCCCAGCAACAGGAGUGGGCCUUACAUGCUCCUGACCAGUCAGGGAAUUCAUUCCCUUUUGCUGGUCAGCACAUGGUAUUUCACAGACCGCAGGAACUAGUUCAGCAUUGCACGUGUUACCCACAUUCAACCCAAAUGAGACUCCAGGAGAGGAUUGUUGGGUUUAUGGAAAAGACAUAUUCUCACAUUUCUGAGAACACUACCCAAAAGGUUUCUCUCUAGAUGUGUAAAGGCAGUGCAUGUAUAUACCUAUGCUGCCCCGUUUACCAUGGGGUUACGUGCCAAUAAACCCAUCAUAAGUUGAAAAAUCUAAGUAGAAAAUGCAUGUACACAGCUAACCUACCAAACAGCAUACCUUACCCAGCCUACCUUUAACAGCAUACCUUGCUCAGCCCACAACACCUAAAACACGCUGGCAAUACAGUGCACUGCCGGGUAUUGUUUCUUUGCUCUCUUGAUUGUGUGCCUGACUGGAGCUGACCCCCAUGACCACCAUGCUGCAAGGAAGCCCAAGCUAAGCACGUGGAGAAGCCAUACGUGGAGCACUGAGGUCCCAGACAUGUGAGUGAAGCCACUUUGGACCUUCCUUCUCAGCCCAGCCACCAGCUGAAUGCAGCCAAGCGAGUGACCCCAAUUGAUGCCAUCUAGAGCAGGAUUGCCCAGCUGAGCAGAAUUUCCACCGAAUUGUAAGAAAUAAUAAAUUGUUGCUGUUUUAAACCUCUA